AUGUUUCGAUUCUGGGCAUCCGAACCUCGGGGAAGUGACAAGACGCUCCAGGCGCCACAGCCGAUCGUGGAUCUUGUAAAACCACUCCAGCCGCAUCUGCUCCCCGGCAACACCACGACGAUAGCAUCAUCCACCGUGCAGCCGCCCAAACGGAGGCGGCAGAGCUGCGACGGCUCAGAUGCGUCGCCCGAUCUGGCCGCGCCUGCCAAGCGCUUGAAAACUGAUGCCGACCCUAGUCAAGGUGUUCCGUCGGCAUGCGACUCGACAUCUGAGCCCAUCCCUGCGACUCCUGAUCUGGAGAGUGCCCGGGACGAGAUCCGCCACCAGUUCGGCCUUGAGAUUCUACUAAAGCAUGAUGAGUUGAGGCUCAUUAACCAGGAACUCGCCAAGUGCCAAGUCGCGCUGGAACAGCUGCGUCGCUGCCAUCUCAUUCCGUAUCCUGUGAAUUGUCCGACUCCCGAAGAGAUGCUCAAAGUCAGUGCCGGGAAGGGCCCUGCUAUACAAUCUCGCCCUGGAGAAGCGGUACCCAGGUGGGCGCCUCCAUUUGGUGUUGUCGACGGUCCAUACGCCAGACACUAUGCCAAGUGGCUUAUUCCUGACCCUUCCUUCGACGGCAUGCAACCUGAGUGGCAGUUCACACCGGAAGCUGCUCGUGCAAGAGCUUCAUUCACCGAAGGACGCACGACAAGGAAUAGCUUCACCGAAUCUGGAAGCUCAUUCAAGGGUCGCUCCGCUCGUGGGGUUGCUGGCCAGAAGCUGCAAUCCUUGUCGAGUGGUUAUCCGCAACCGAAGGACAAGGCUGGUCCAUGUAUCCUGAAGCGAGCCGAUGGUAAGACAGUCAAGCUGGUUUGCUUGGAUUGUAACCGUGAGAACUUCUCAAGCACGCAGGGCUUCAUCAACCACUGUCGCAUCGCUCACAAACGCGACUUUAAGAGCCAUGAAGAAGCAGCUGUUCACAGUGGGCAUCCCAUCGAGGUGACGGAAGGAGGUGGAGUUGUAGGAGAAGAAAAGGCUCCGGCGCCCGCGGCACCCAGCUCGACCUCUGCCUCUGUGCAUCCUCUCGCCCGACCCGACAUGACUGAGCAGCAAGCCUACGUUGCACUUCAGUCGAGGAUCUCGGAAUCCCUCAAGCUCUACCAUCAAGGCAAGCUGCCUGGUGUGACUAGCAUUCCUUCUCUGUCCAGCGAGGCUCGCGGUCGUAAAGAUAAGAAGGCGGCUUCUCUGGAGGGAGCUCCAGAUAUGCCUCACCUCUCUCGUCUCCUACAAAGUCGGAAGUUCGACGGCAACCUGCGUGAAUUGGCCGCAGACGCAAAGACCAAGAUGCCAUUGGACGAUUUCGCUUCUGGGGAAGAAUCAGAGAUGACUGAGACCCCUAUUGAACGCCAUGUUGGAAAGGAUUCAGUCGUGCGGACACCUGUCGUUAUGCGUGUGCCUGCUAAGGCCACACAACAUCCGACCAUGGUGAACACGUCAGCUCGUCCUGCGAGCAGCAAAGGUCGUGUCCCUCCGAUUGCUUUCAAGACGCAGGCGAACCUGGGCUCCGAUCUCGGACCGAAGCACGAGCUCUCAGACGAAGAUUUGGAUAUGGAGGAUGCUGAUAUGAGUCCUCACACCAUGGUCAGCAACAACGCGCCCUCCCUGGUCAGUGACGACGGAGAGUACGACGAUACAGACGACGGCUCCUCUGUCUCUGGCGCCAGCGACAACCUGGAAACCGAGUCGGUCUCUGAUGUGGCUGAGAUCACACUGGACGAUGACCAAGACCCUCGAUCACUGCGUCGGGGUUCAAGCGGCGUGUCUGGUGCUGUUAGGCUUGGCAAGGACGAUCCUAAACAUGUCACCCUGAUGACUCCCGUCAAGAACAACACCGCUAGGGACCGACGUCGCAAAGUCUAG